AUGUUAGAGCAGCAGCAGCACGCGCGACGGUUGCUGCUCCGUGCUGCUGCUGCUGCAGCAGCAGCACCAGCAGCAGCAGCAGCAGCAGCAACAGCAGCAGCAACUCCAGGAGCAGCGCCUGCAACAACAGCAGCAGCAACACCAGCAGCAGCAACACCAGCAGCAGCAGCAGCAGCACCAGCAGGCAACCGGGUGCUGCGCUGCUGCGUCUGCGGCCCACCAUCAGCAGCAGCAGAUUUAGCUGCUUACGAAUGUGUUGCAGCUUUUAACAAUAUUCAGUUAAAUGAUUUGCUGCUGUCUUUAGACACCUUCCCUGCUGCUGCUGCUGGUGCUGCAGCGACUCCAGCAGCAGCAGCAGGCGUCUCUGCCAGCGGCACUGCUGCAGCAGCAGCUGCAGCAACAGCAGCAGCAGCACCGGCGUUGGGAGCAGCAGCAACAGCAGCAGCAAACGUAAAGUGGUUAGUAAGAAGCAGCAUAUAUCUCACGCAUAUCUUUUGCCCCUCUUUGCUGCUGGCGGAGAGACAGCUGCUGCCGAAGCUGCUGCUAAAAACCCUCUUUGAUAAGGCUGCAGCAAUGGCUCCUGCUGCUGCUGCACAUACAGUUGUCUUAGAAGGUAUUGAUAGGCUGCCCGUCUCGCUGCAGCAGGAUUUGUAUUUGCUGCUGCUGCAGCGGGGUCUCAGCUGGCUGCUGCUCUGCAGCAGCAUUCAUAACCUCGCUUGCUGCUUCCGCAGCAGCAGCACCUGCAUCAGAUUCCCUAGACCUACGCAUGCACAACUAGGGGCUUAUCUACACAAGAAAGCAAUUGCUGCUGCUGCUGCUGCUGAUGGUGCUGGUGCUGAUGGUGCUGCUGCUGCGUCACCGGCAGGAGCACCAGCAACGACAACAGCAGCAACAACAGCAGCAGCAGCUGCUGCUGCAGGAACGACGGAAUCAACAACAACAGCAGCAGCAGCAGCAGCAACAGAAGCAACAGCAGCAGCAGCAGCAGCAACAGAAGCAACAGCAGCAACAGCAGCAGCAGCAGCAGCAGCAGGUGUGCCUGAUGUUAGUUAUUUUGUGGGGUUAUCACGCGCAGCAGCAGGAGAGCCGUUGGCUGCUCUUCAGGUGUACAGACGCGCAGCAGCAGCAAACUUCCCCCCUAUUCAUCAGUUGUUUCCUGAUGCACUUCCGCAGCAGCAGCAGCAGCAGCAGCAGCAACAGCAGCAGCAGCAGCAAGAGAGCGAACAGCAAGGGGAAGCGCCAGACGGGGAAGAAGAACAGCAGCAGCAGCAACAGCAACAGCAGCAGCAGGACGAGGAGCAGCAGCAACGGGAGCAGCAAGGUGAUGAGCAGCAGCAGCAACAGCAGCAGCAGCAACAGCAGCAGCAGCAGGAGAGUGACGACGGGGCAGCAGCAGCAGAUGAAGAGGAGGAGGCACCCGCCCGUGCUGCUGCUGUCUCCUCAGUGGAAUCCAGCAGCAGCAACAGCACCAGCAGCAGCAGCAACAGCAGCAGCAGCAACAGCAGCAGCGUGUAUUCUUGUGUCUCCUUUCCUGCUGCUGCUGCUGCUGCAUCCUUUAGGAAGCUCUAUCGCCGCUUGCUGCGCAGCACCAUUGACUUUAGGGGGUGA